ACCUGUUGUGUCAGACUCACAGGUGCAGCUGAGCCUUUCCACGUGAGGUGAAAGGUACCUCCAGAAGUGCAGAUACCCAUUUACACGUUACCACUGAUUUUCCGGACCUUAGGUUGGAGGGUUUUUUUUAAAAAAACAAUGAUGAACUCUUUCCUCCAGUCCCUUCAGGAUCCUCACCUCGUUGCCAGUUUCCAGAGAUACUGUGGUUUAUUGCUGCAAGUUGAAGAACGACUGGCCGGCGGCUGUAGCAACUCUCAUGGCAACGCAAGUGGGAGUCAAGGACCGGUGGAGAGAGGUAAUGUCUUCAAGACCAGUGAAUGCACGAAUGGAAACCGGAGAUACAAGACCAAUGGGUCACAUCAGUAUCCCUAUGGGCAGGACAAAGAGGACAGUCGCGGGAUGACUGGAUGUGCAGUAAAGGUGGGUAAUACGCCAACUGCGAAAGAAAAGCCAGGAUACAUGGUGAAGAACUACUUUUUCUACUAUUUGUUCCGAUUCGCUGCUGCACUGGGUCAGGAGAUCUUUUACAUCACAUUCCUUCCAUUUACCUAUUGGAAUUUUGACCCAUUUGUUACUAGAAGGCUGGUUGGUAUGUGGGCAAUCGUUAUGUACUUGGGGCAGGCUUCCAAAGACAUCAUUAAAUGGCCUCGUCCAUUAUCCCCGCCAGUUGUAAAGUUGGAAACAAGAGUUGAUGCAGAGUAUGGUAUGCCAUCAACCCAUGCUAUGGCAGCAACCGCAAUCUCCUUUACAUUUCUAAUUGCGACAAUGUACAGAUACAAGUAUUCAGUUGCAUUUGGACUAUUGGCUUCCACGGUGCUGUCUGCUCUGGUCUCACUCAGCAGGCUCUACACAGGAAUGCACACUGUGCUGGAUGUGAUCUGUGGAGUCCUCAUUACAGCAGUGCUUAUGGCUCUUACAUAUCCUUUCUGGAACAUUCUCGACAAUUUUCAGUUAACCAGCCCUCUAACCCCCAUCGUUGCAAUAGUUAUGCCCUUUUUCAUGAGUUAUACCUAUCCAGCAUUAGAUCAUUACAGCCCAACCAGAGGGGACACCACCAUCAUCCUGGGUGUUGCAUCAGGAUGUACAGUUGGCUUUUGGAUGAACUAUCAGUAUGGUCGAACGUAUGAGCCUACAGGAUCGCUCCCAUUUGAAAUACCUUCUAUAACCCUGGAAGUUGUAUCAUUGGCCAUUGCACGCUUUCUCAUUGGAAUUCUUGUUCUUGUUGCCACUCGGCAAGUUGUCAAAACUCUUUCCCUCAAAGUACUGUAUGCUUGGUUUGAUAUUGCAGGACAUGAUAUGGAAGCUAGGAAAAGAUUGGAGAUUGAAGUACCAUAUAAAUUUGCAACAUAUUCAUCCAUUGGCUUCAAUGCAACAGUAAUAGUACCUUUGCUGUAUCAAUUACUUGAACUACUCUGAGGACUGUAAGUGGAUAGAGUUUUUCUGUGAAUUCAUAUGGGGUCUGAGAUGCAUUUAAUGUGUUGAUGAAGACCUAAUGGAAAUAAAUUUCCUGCAAACACUCAA